UGUUAUGGCGACGGGCCGAGCGAACCGUUGGGCCUCGGUUCCGGCUCUAAACUUUCCUGUCAGGACCUGGGAGCGAGAAGGGCCCCCCGGGCCUCUUUUUCUCCAGGUUGAGCCCCCCACCCCACCCCGCUCCCUCAGCCGCUCCAGGGCUCCGUUCACUUCCCUCGAUACGCUUCAUUUCUGGCUUGCGGAACAUUUUCCCUUUCCCUGUGUUUCCUUGGAGAGACACGGCUCCUCGGCCCAUCACAGCCUGCCAGUUCACUGAGUUCCUCUUCCUCCACCACAACAAGAGGCUUCUGAUCAAGGCCAGGCAAACAGCCACUGAUAAUACAACUUCCAGGUUGCUCUUCCCAAGGCCAGGGCGCCGGGAUCGUUGAACGCCAGGCCCAGACGAGCGCCCUGUGUUUGUCUGUGAACCCUGGCAGCGACACCUGCUCCGUGGGGCCUUGGUGCCAUGGUACAGCCUGGGCUGAGUUUGGACGAGGAGCUGGCUCAGCCAUGAGCACCAGCGUGGAUAUGGGAUGUGAGAGGUGCCAGUGCCACAGCAAGGACAAGCAGCCUGCCAUCCUGUACACCCUGCUGAGCCAGGAGCUGCACCCCGGCGGGGCCCGGCAGCGCUGCCUGUGCCAGCAGCGCCGCGCCGUGUGCCUGCGCACGCCGCACCUCACCUGCCAGGCUGCCUCCGACGUGCUGGUCAAAACCAUCAACUUCAUGAAGAACGUGGCUGCCUUCCACCUGCUGCCACGGGAGGAUCAGCUGCUGCUGCUGCACAGCUGCUGGGUGCCCCUCUUCCUGCUGGGGCUGGUGCAGGAGAUGGUGACCUUCGAGGUGAUGGAGGCCCCGGCCCCCAGCAUGCUCAAGAAGAUCCUGCUCAGCGGCCAGAGCAAAGGGCAGGAGCCUGAGGGGACACAGCCCACGCUGGCGGCCGUGCAGCGGCUGCAGUGGUGCCUCAACAGCUUCUGGAGGCUGGACCUGAGCCCCAACGAGUACACCUACCUGAGGGGAGCCAUUCUCUUCAAUCCAGACAUCCCGGGGCUGAGGGCUCCCCUCUACAUUGAGAGCCUGCAGUGGGAAGCGCAGCGGGCGCUCCGGGAGCUGCUGCACCCCGAGGACCAGGCUCGCUUCUCCCGAAUUCUCCGGGUCAGCUCCUCCCUGAGAUCCAUCCCCGCCGGCCUGGUCACCGACCUGUUCUUCCGGCCCGUCAUCGGGGACGUCGCCAUGGGGCAGCUGCUGGUGGAGAUGCUGUUCGAGGUGACGGGCUGGCCUCAGGCCCCGUGGCUGCCCCUGGCCCGCUGAGCUGGGCUCUGCAGGAGCUCUGUGUUUCACUGGAGGAUCCCUGGAGAAGCAGCUGUGGCUCAGCAGAUUUUACAGCAGCUCCUGCUCUGCCCGGUCUCCAAUCCAGGGAGUCUUUGGGGGUGAGGGGUUCCUUGCCCUGGUCUCAAUUUUUAUUCAUUUUGCUGUGAGCUCCAAGCAGUGAGGGCUGUCCUCAGCUUGAUCCCGUGGUGUCUGAUGGCCUCAGUGGGAUCGCUGACAGAGGGCAAACAUGGAAUUAACUCUGGGUCUGGCUUCUGUGCUUGGAAUCUUAGAAAUACUCAGGAAAUUUCUUCAGGGAAAAAGGGUGUUAAAUCCUACAGGGUGUACAGACUCACCCGUCUUUUCCUUAGAUUCUCUCUUUCCUCCAUAAUUCCAUUAAAUACAAGAGGAUUAAGAGCACUUAGCAGCACCUAAACCUACUGCACCUCAUCUGAGGCUCUGUGCUUUCGUGUCUGUGUGAAAAGUUAAACCCGAGCAGAGCUGGUUUAGUGGGAGAUCCAAACCUCCCUCCCCGGAGUUAAGAGCCAGGUGCACACACAGAAAACUCACUCUUGCUGCCUCCAGCAGGUGAGGUGUCAGUAUUUUAUAAGUGGACAUUCAUGUGGUUUGUAUAUAAGAUGCAAUAAAUUAUUUUUUUA